AUGCCUUCGCAGGCAGGUCCUUUCAACCAGCAUCCUUGCAUUCGCUACACACGCUAUACUGUGUGUGAAACGCAGUCACUCAAUGAUUUGCAACUGUACCAAACGCAGCAAGAAACUGAUUUUUCACGCAACCAGAAGAUUUGUUGGAAAGAAAUUACAUUAACAACGUCGCCUGCCCGCGCUGCAGCUGACGCAGACGUUAUUUCUGUUGCUGCCACUGCCGUUUAUAUUGCUGUUGCUGAUGCUGAUGCUCAGACUAGUAGUAGAAAUGUUCGUCGCUCGGAUGCCGAGCUAGUAUUCAUUGUGUUUCAGGAUGACAUACCUACCUUUGCCAGAUCCUUUCGAAAGUCUAGCGUGUACUCUAUUUGGCGUUCAAUGCGCAACAAAUUCCUUUUUAUCUACCGAAAUGACUUAAAACAUGAAAAUUAUUUUUCAGAACCGUUUAUCUUUAGAGAUCAACCAAAUAUUCUAAUAAUAGAAGGAGAAACUCAAGAAUCUUCUGUAUUUAAAAUAAAAACUAAUAAAUUUGUUGGUUCGUCUAAAGAAGAUCAAAGUAAUAUUCAACUAAUUGACACUUACGAUGCUGUAUCUAAUAUUUUCAGUAAAGGCGUGAAUUUGUAUCCUGACAAGUUAGUAAAUUUACAAGGACGAGGAAUUGUAAUAUCGGCAUUUGACUAUAGACCCUUUGUUGCUGUUAGCAAUGAUAUGCCACCUAAUAUGGUCGACGUAUCCAGAAAUGCAAAUGAUGAUAUAUACAUGGAUGGCACUGAAAUACGUUUAGUGCUCAUAUUUUGUGAACUUUAUAAUUGUACUGUACAAGUGGAUACAACUGAGAAAACUGAAUGGGGUUUCAUAUAUCCCAAUGGUACUGGUGAUGGAAUACUAGGCUUAGUUGUUUCUAAACAAGUUGAUAUUGGAAUGGGUGCAUUUUAUUUAUGGUACAUGUGUUAUAUAUCAGUGGACAUGACAUCUAUAACUGGGAGAUCCGGUGUAACAUGUAUGGUACCGGCUCCAACAAGAGUAACAAGUUGGUUCCUGCCAUUUAAACCAUUUCAAACACUUCUUUGGUGUGGAAUUCUCGCUUGUUUAUUAAUAGAAACAAUUGGAUUACUAAUGACUUACCAUUUCGGGAAUUCUGUGGAGAAUACAAAGAAGUCAUGGACUAAAAGUUUUCAUUUUGGUUUAGUAACGACUCUGAAAUUAUUUGUGUCACAAAGUUCCGGUAAAACUCUUAGCGCUUCAUCUGUGCGAGUAAUACUAUUUUCCUGUUAUGUGAUCGAUAUUAUUAUCACUAGCAUCUACGGUGGAGGUCUAGCGUCUAUCUUAACACUGCCAACACUUGGUGAAGCUGCUGAUUCUAUGAAACGUUUAUAUGAACACGGUCUGGUAUGGAGCGGUACAUCUGACGAUUGGACUUUUCCUUUAAGAACAGUAACUGAUCCAAUUUCGCAAGGUCUUUUACAUAAAUAUAAGUCGUACAGCUUUGAAGAAAUGAAAAUAAAAGCCAAAACUGAAAAUAUGGGUUUCAUCUUGGAACGUCUGGAAUUUGGUCACUUCGCUAAUGGAUACUAUAUUACUAAAGAGGCCUUAGAUCGUCUAAAAAUUAUGCACGAUGAUAUCUACUAUGAAUACACAACUUUUAUAGUACGGCGCUUGUGGCCUUUUUUGAGUAAGUUUAAUAACCUUAUUUCUACCUGGCGUUCAGCUGGUUUUGCCAAGUUUUGGGAGUGGAAGGCCUCAGCAACUUAUCUUAAUGAAAACGAACAGGAACAAAUACAGUCAUCAAAAAAUCCAACCUUAAAGUUAGGUCCUACAAAACUCGAUAUGGCAAAUUUUGCUGGCAUUCUGCUUAUAUGGAUUGUGGGUAUAUCAAUUAGUAUUGUUGUGUUUAUUAUAGAAUACUUUUAUGCUAAAGUCUACUAUAUUUAA